AUGGGAACCCUUCAAAAUCUUAAUGGCUUUGAACCAAAACAAGUCUUACCUAUAAAGGGAGAAUAUGAAGAUGAAGUAGAAAGCUUCUGCUAUGCCCUUCAGCUAGCGAAUUCUGUUUCUCUGCCCAUGUCUUUGCACACUGUCAUGGAGCUUGGAGUGUUUGAUAUACUCCAUAGAGCUGGGCCAGGUGCCAAGGUCUCAGCCCAUGACAUUAUGGCCCAUAUUCCUACCAAGAACCCAGAUGCACCCAUCAUGCUAGAUAGGAUCCUCAUGCUCCUAGCAAGUCAUUCUGUGCUUCAUUGUUCUCUUGAUGAUGAAAGUGGUUCUUUCAAGAAACUAUACAGUCUGAAUUCUGUGUCCAAAUUUUUUGUUCUCAAUGAGGAUGGGUUGUCAUUGAAUCCCCUCAUGGCAUUGAUUCAUGACAAAGUCUUCUUACAGAGCUGGUCUCAAUUGAAGGAGGCGAUUUUGGAAGGGGGAAUACCCUUCAAUAGAGUUCAUGGCAUGCAUGCCUUUGAGUAUCCAAGCUUUGAUCCAAGGUUCAAUCAAGUUUUCAAUGCAGCAAUGAGCAACAGCACGCGUUUGGCAGCAAAGAAGAUUCUUGAAUCCUACAAAGGCUUUGAGCACAUCAAUAGGCUUGUGGAUGUUGGAGGUGGUCAUGGGGCUACCCUUAGUUUCAUCACCUCCAAAUACCCUAAUAUUCAGGGUACUAAUUUUGACUUGCCUCAUGUCAUAAAAGAAGCUCCUUCUUAUCCCGGUGUGAAGAACGAGGGAGGAAAUAUGUUUGAGAGUGUUCCACAUGGAGACGCUAUUUUUAUGAAGUUUAUACUGCACGAUUGGAAUGAUGAACUAUGCUUGAAGCUGUUGAAGAACUGCUAUAAUGCGCUUCCUGAUGAUGGGAAGGUAAUUGUUGUGGAGCAAGUCCUUCCUUCAACCCCUGAAACCAGUACUUUGGUGAAGACCACAUGCCAAACUGAUGUUCUCAUGAUGACUCAAAAUCCUGGAGGGAAGGAGAGAAAUGGACAAGAAUUUAUGGAACUAGCAAAAAGAUCCGGAUUUAAGGGCAUUAGAUUUGCUGCUUCUGCUUAUGAUCUUAGGGUUAUGGAGUUUUUCAAGUAG